AUGGAGCGGGUCGAGUGGGUCCGCGGCAACGCCCUGGAGCCCCGCACGUACCAGCACCUGCUGCCGGGCGCGGUGGGCGCCAUCUCCUGCGUCGGCGGCUUUGGCAACACGCAGCAGAUGAUCCAGGUCAACGGCACCGCCAACGCGGCCGCGAUCGCGACCGCCAAGGCGGCGGGCGUGCCGCGCUUCGCCUACGUCAGCGCUCACGUGCCGGCCAUACCCGGGUUUGAGUAUGUGAUGGAGGGCUAUGUGAAGGGCAAGCGGCAGGCGGAGGAGGAGCUGUUCAGGGAGUACCCAGAAGGCGGCGUCGCGCUGCGGCCGUGGGUGAUCUACGGGGAGCGCGCCAUCUCAAGCAGCGUGCGGCUGCCCCUCCACCUGCUGUUUGGCCCGGUCGACCAGCUGCUGCGGCGCCUGCCCAACGCGCGGCAGCUGGCCGGCACGCCGCUCGCGGGGCCGCUGUUCCUGCCGCCGGUGCCGGUGCAGGCGGUCGCGCGCGCAGCGGUGGCGGCGGCGACGGACCCGCUGGUGCCCCCUGGCGUCAUGGACGUGUGGGAGAUUGCCAAAUACGGCGAUAACUGA